CUCAUUAGCAUUUGCACACCUUGCUCACCUGCUGCGGCCGAGCGCAGCUCAUUUGGUUCAAAAUUACAACACAUUUCCACCGUAGUAGAGAAUUUUUAAUCAUUAGGGGGCAAUUAAUCCUUGGAAUGUCCGAGAAGGCUCCUCUUCACAAUUAUCGACUCAAAACAAGCACCGAUCCGGAGUCGAAGGAUGAGGCCGCAAACAGUCGGCCCAAGCACGGCGGAGACCGUGGCGGUAGUGGGUUCGUCUCCAAAACUGAUAGAAAGCUCGGCGUAGUUUUCGGAGUUGUUAUUCCGACGUUGCUGUCAAUGUUUAGUGUCGUCGUCUUCCUGCGAAUUGGAUUUAUUGUGGGUCAAGCAGGCCUGUACCAGACCUUCGCCAUGUUCUUGGUGGCCUACAUCAUCAUCACAAUGACAGUCUUUUCCAUCUGCGCCAUCUCAACUAAUGGAGCCUUGGAUGCAGGAGGUGCCUACUACAUGAUCAGUCGAGCGCUGGGUCCGGAGUUUGGGGGCAGCAUUGGAAUCAUGUUUUUCUUUGCCAACGUAUGCGGUAGUGCUCUCUACAUUUUAGGUCUGGUUGAAGCAAUCAUGUCUGCUUUUGGCAUCCCUGAAGCGUCAGAGCCCGCGCCGGUUUUUGGAGCCUCCCAUCGGGUGCUGCCCUCAGGAUACUGGUGGUCUUUGCUUUAUGGCACUGCGCUGCUUUUAAUUUGUUUCUUUGUUUGCUUGAUAGGCGCCCACAUCUACGCCAAAGCCACUUUUGUCAUCUUCGUCAUCGUCACAACUGCCCUGGCAUCCAUCUUUGGCAGCUUCUUCACUGUGGAUCCCAGGAUUGUCAUGCUUCCAGAUUCCUCCUUUAUGAACGCUUCCACUCAGAUCACUGCCAACUAUACCGGCCUCCGAGUACAUACCUUGGAGGGCAACCUAUGGGCUAGUUACACUGUCGACUACACCACUGGAACCAUGAUGAGCUUUGCCACCGUUUUUGCAGUGAUGUUCAACGGUUGCACUGGAAUCAUGGCUGGAUCCAACAUGUCAGGUGACUUGAAGAACCCCAGUUUUUCCAUCCCCAGAGGAACCUUGGCGGCGGUUUUUACAACAUUUGUCACAUACAACAUGCUAAGUCUGCUGGCUGCGUCAUCUUGUGAGCGUGCCAUUCUCCAGAGAGACUACAGUUUCCUUGGAGCCAUCAACGUUUGGCCGCCUCUGGUCACAGUUGGUAUCUACUCGUCGGCCAUGUCCGCCGCCAUGAGCAACCUAAUCGGAGCCUCCAGAGUCCUGUAUGCGUUAUCUAAAGAUGACUUGUUCGGCGGUGUCUUGGCUCUGGCAAGGAAGACGUCCCGCAGUGGCAACCCCUGGGCCUCGGUGCUUGCCUCUUGGUUGCUUGUCCAGAUGGUGCUGUUUGCUGGGAAAUUGAACACCAUUGCCGGAAUUGUGACCAUCUUCUUUUUGUUGGUGUAUGCCACCGUCAACCUUGCCUGUUUGGCUCUGGAGUGGGCAUCUGCGCCAAACUUCAGGCCUUCCUUCCGUUGUUUCACGUGGCACACCUGUUCCCUGGGCAUCCUUGGCUGCCUCGUCAUGAUGUUCCUCAUCAAUGCCAUCUAUGCUUUUGCCAGCAUCGCAUUUAUGCUGCUCCUCCUAAUGCUCAUUCAUUAUCUUGGCCCCAUCAGUAACUGGGGCUACAUCAGCCAGGCUCUCAUCUUCCAUCAGGUCCGCAAGUACUUAUUGAUGCUGGAUGUGCGCAAGGACCACGUCAAGUUCUGGAGGCCUCAAGUGCUCCUAAUGGUGGCCAACCCCCGUAGUUGUGUGGGCCUGAUAACUUUCACUAAUGACCUGAAGAAGAGUGGCCUCUAUGUACUGGGUCAUGUCAAACUGGGAUUGCUAGACGAGAGGCCGUCUGAUCCUCUGCAGAGCUGUUACGACUCCUGGCUGUCGUUGGUGGACCAUUUGAACGUCAAAGCUUUUGUUAACCUCACAUUAGCCGACUCUGUUCGACAUGGAGUUCAGCACCUUCUUUUCAUCACAGGCUUUGGUGGGAUGAGGCCGAACACUCUUGUCUUAGGUUUCUACGAUGACUGCCCCCCUCAAGACCACCUCCAAGACAAAGUUAUUUUACCUCCAGACCACAGCUUGGAUGCAGUGUGUCCCAACAAAGACCCGGGAGAACCUCCGUUCCCUUUUUUCCCAAAUGUACGUGAUACAGAUAAACCUAAAGACAUCAAGGAAGAGGAAUAUGUGUCAAUUAUUAAUGACGCUAUAAAAAUGGGCAAGAACGUAACCCUUGCACGAUACUUCAGCCAGUUCAACAGGGAAGAAGUUUUAGGAUUGGGGAAAAAGACAAAGACUCACCAAGGCACGGCGGGCCCGUUUGUAGACAUUUGGCCGCUGAAUCUGCUGCAACCUGACAUCCGCGGCUACGUGGACGUCUGCUCGCUGUUUUUGCUUCAGUUGGCUUGUGUACUUCACGAAACCCGCGCCUGGAGCCAGGCCAGGUUGCGCCUUUUCCUGUGCGUGGAGGCCGGCGGGAGUUUGCGGGACGAGGAGGCGGCCAAGCUGCGACGAAUGCUCAAGGAGCUCCGGAUGUCGGCGCAAGUUCAGACGGUGGAUUGGGACCAGGUGGUGGCGCUGCACUGGCUAAGACGAGGAAUGGAAAAAGACGAGGGGCGAGGUACGAAAACAGAUGAUGGACAUCAUGAAGCGUCUCCCAGCAAUGAGGCACAACUGACAGAUGAGUACAUCCACGCAGUCAACGAUCUGAUCCGAAGCCACGGGGCCCCCCCGCCGGCUGUGCGCUUCCUGUAUUUGCCGCACCCGCCCGCGGAUAAAAGCCGCUACGGGGCCUACCUGCGUCAGGUGGACCUGCUGAGUCAGGAUUUGGGUCCCACGUUGCUCAUCCACGGAGUCACACCAGUUAUCACAACGGACCUCUAGAGCACUUUCGCAACCUUUAUUGAGCCAGGAAACGCAGCUCACCAAUCAGUCAGUGUCAUCCAGUCAACGUUUGGAACCACUGCUUGAGAAUGUCGAUUUUUCAGCACUGCUAUUUUACUUUGGAGUCAAACGCCUGUCACUCACUUCUCAAGACGCCUCGAAGGGUUUAUGAAGAAUAUAUCAUGAGAUCAUUGGGGCUGUAUGGUGAAAUGAAAUGGAUUUGCAUGUUUUUGUGGUGGAAGGAACUAAAUGUGAAUGUUUUUAGGUUCCUCCUUCACUCGAUAUAGUAAGUACAGUUCCCACAUUGGUAUUGAUUGCGUUUUGUAUACUUGAUCGAAAAAAUAAAUUCAAGUAAUUAGUAUCUUCUUUCCUUAGAUCGUU